AAACAGUUUGGUAUAUUAUGGACUGUCUUUUAAUACAAAGAAUAUCAACGGAAAUAUUUUCCUUAAUUUCUUUCUUUCCAGCUUAAUCGAGUUACCAGCAUAUUUUAUAUCAUUUAGCAUAAUUAAUUGGUAAGUAUAAUAAUGGAAUAUAUAAGUAAGAUAAUAGUCGAAUAAAUGAUUCAUUUUUAUGAAAAAUCGCUCGAAAAAAGACCUGGGAUGACGUUUUGAAGCUACAAUCAUGGCAAACACUCCGUGGACAAUUAGGUGUAAAGUACAGUAUUACUGUUCACAUACACACGUUGGCUUCUUUAUCUCCCCCCUGCAAUGUUGGUGUAUUUCAUAUAAACCUUCCACCUAACCAAUUUAUAAGCUUUCACCGUUGAACGGGGGGGGGGGAGGCGGAAGUUAAAAUUGCUGUUUUUGCACGUAUGUAUUGGGCACGGUUGGUAUUUCUAUCUUGGGAAAGCGAUCUUGGGUUUGUUAAAUCACCAAGGCAUAUACUGCCUGUAGAAAAUUAAGGAUUUAUUGACCUGUUCCUGCCAAUUCUCAUCAGCCGAGCAUGCAUGGUUUUUUCGACAUUUGUGAUUUUGUUGUCAACUUGCGUAAUACUUUUCCCUAUGCACAUUAAUAUUUUCUUCUAGGAUUGGUAGAAAAAGAAGUGUAUUUUACUGCAUGACUUUAAGUGGAGCAGCAUGCUUAACUUGUCUUUUUGUUCAAACAGGUUUGUGCUCUCUUUAUUAAUAAUACGGCUAAUGUAUUUUUCGUCUAGAUACCCCGUCAUCAUGAACAUCUUAUAUAAAGAAUACUAAUACAGUAAUACUAGAUUACAUUUCAAGACAGUACAUACCGGCAUAAUUAUCUUUCAGGUGGAUUAAACACCUAUAGCUCUCUGUCAACAGCAUCCGCUGUCCUUGGCAAGUUUGGUAUUGCUGCCUCGUUUUCAAUCAUGCAUAUCUUCUCAGCAGAAUUAUUUCCCACUGUUGUUAGGUAAGUUUCGUUGUGUGUUGUAGUUUUCCCGUCCAAAAUAUCACCCGAAACUCGGCUUGUUCAACUAAGAUUAAAAUUUUACAACAAUUUGGAUAUUACUUCCUUAUUAACUGUGUUUAUCCUAAUCAACCCUGUCAACUUUCCUUGUGGGAAGAAACCGGGGCACCCGGAGAGAACGACUUUCGGCCAAGUAUUGACUGGCUCUUCUCAAAUGAGUCCGUAUAGUGAGAAUCAAACCCACGAACUCAGAGGUGCAAGGCGCUUGUUCUGACGACAGCGCCGCUAGGAACCAGCGGCGUAGCCACGCGGGUGGGAAGGAAUUGAGGGGUGGAUCCCUCCUCUUCUAUUUAUUUCAAAAGUAAACUCUUACUGUCGAUGCAAUGGAAGUGUUGAUAAAAUAUUGCAUGAAUUCAUUUCCUCGAGUUGAUCAACUCAUACGAAUUCAAAUUUCUUUUUACUUCCUGUGCGUUUCCGAUUGGUCAAUCGGUUCUGAAACGAAAUCUAAGUGGCUCAUCUAAAAAUAACAGGAAGUUGAUCAAUUUUCUAUCAAAUGAAUUGAUCAACUUGAGGAGAGGAAUUGGUGCAAUAUUUUAUCAACACUUCCAUUGCAUCGACAGUAAUGUUUUUCUGUGAACAUAAAAUAUUUUGUAAACAUUUACCAUUUGUAAGAUUAUUUUGAAUUUACUUUUUGUACUAUGCAGUAGUGUAGACAUUAGACUGAGAGGUUCAGAUUUGGCUUCCACUAUCUCUCAUUGGUUUAGUACGCCAUCCUGAAUGGUUAAUGAACAAUUAUUCAUCGAAGUGGAGGUGACCAAAAACAACUAAAAUAUUUUAAAACAAUUUGUAUUUCAACUCCCGUGAUGGUUGUAAACAAAACAGUAUUUACACGUUUUUUAUUCAUUAGAAAUAGCUUUAAAUAAUAUAUCUAGUCAUACUGUUCAUUAAACAACAUUUUGUGACUUUCUUCGUGUUUCGUGAACCCGCAGCUUCGUUUAGUACAAAAAUUUGCUCGUCUGUAACCGGAACGAGACGAGAAGCCAUUUUGUUUUUGUGCGGAGGUGAAGAGUGCAAGAAUAUCACGAGCUGAGCAACCAAUCAAAUUCCGCGAAAAGCCGAGUAGAUGCUAGUCAGAUGUAUCAAACGCAUCUGAUUGGUUAAUGGUCCCUUAAUUUAAUUGGUAGCGGUAGUAGAAGUUAAAUCUGAACCUCACUAUUAAAUUCAUGUAUGAUGUACCCCUGCAACUAUGAACGCUUACCGUAUGCUGGCAUGUUUGCCUUCAAGCAAGUGUAGUUACAUGAUGUUAUGACCAAAAUUAGCAAAGUAUACAUUUUCCGCAUCCGUACGAGUCAGGAAAGAAAAUUUGAAAAAGUAAUUUUAGCACUUGAAUGUAAACCAAAAAGUAAUUUUAGCACUUUAAUGUAAUUUUAGCACUUGAAUGUAAAUUUUUGGCUAUGAAUUUGGUAUAACCGUUGCAAUGAAAGUAUUCAAAAUGGCGGACGUUCAUGUGGGUGAUUGGGAGAAUACCCAUAGAGAAUACCUCUCAUAGGCGCACUGGCUAGGAACAUGGCAAAUAUAUUUUGAUGACAAAUCAUUGCGAUUCACGGCAUCACAGCAGUUAUUCGAUCUUUCUUGGCCGAGUUGACUUUCUGAAAAGGUCCCUAGUCUGUGACAGCGAUCUAUUAUUACUAGAAUAGCUAUUUUGGCAAAUACUAACCAGAAACCUCUCAUGGGAAACUUUUUGCGUUUGCUGCAUUUGCAUAUACGUUCAAUUGCAAAUAAACCUUGCUAGAUUGAAAGCUGUCUUAGCUAGAAAACAUGUUACCGUGACGUUUUGUAAUUGAAAUUUUGUCUUUUUCAGGAAUAUUGGCCUGGGGCUUUGUUCUAUGGCUGCGAGGAUUGGAGCAAUUGUCUCACCAAUGAUUGUUUUCCUAGUAAGUUUUGACAGUUCUUAAUGGCUGUUUCCAGUUUCCUUGACCGAGUUAUGUUAAUGAACUGAAUUUGUGACGCAGACAAAAAUUAUGAUGUAAAGACCGCGAGGUAUGACGUGACACAACAGAUUUAUGACGUAGUCACGUAGAAGAAGAAAGAAGGAGUAGCGGUUCGGAAUGAUAGAAGGCGUUGCCUCGGGCCAAGUCAUACUACACGCUAAUUUUCGCAAAACAAAGGUUUGCGGUCAGGCUAAAGAAGGCAGUAUUAUGUUGGCAACUUCAUUCCCACCUCCAACAUCCCACCACUGCCAUCUCCCCCCACACUCAGCCUAAUGUACCAGUCAAUGUAAAUCUCCGCUCCCCAACUGGUGAGAAGCGUGGAUUUUGACUUGCAGGGGUGAUGGAUCAAUGUCCCCGCAUUUCAAAUUUCCGCAAUUCACUAAAAUAUUUAUUUCCUCGCUUUCGUCCUUCCAUCGCAUGCUAAAAAAAGACAAUGUCGUCCAUGUCCUCCAUCAUCCGGGAUACAUUUAUAGUCAAAACCUUCCACUUUCACCGCUAAAUUCCCCGCCCUUUCCCUGGAGCUGGGGAGGAGCGAUUUACAUUGACUGGUGCAUAACAUUGUCGGAAUAUGUCUAGGAACUAAAGUCUUAUGACAAACUUUCUCUGUAGGGAAACUAUACACGGCCAUUGCCAAUGAUGAUAUUUGGCAUUGGUGCAUUUACGGCUGCAUUCUUUAGUCUCAUGUUGGAAGAAACUUUAAACAGACCUCUAUCAGAGACUUUGGAAGAUGAUAUUCCUGAGCAGGAACUUGGAGAAUAUUUACAUUCUUAUAAACAACUCAAUACUGGCACAGGGACGCCGCAGGAUGAUGAUAUCGAGGAGAAUGUCUUUGCUCUCGUUGACUCGGAUGUAGAAAAUGAUUUUCCAAUUGAUGACAAAAGAACGUUCAUCUAAAAGUAACUUACAAUUGGAAUAAUUCAUUUUGCUUGUUUUGUGACCAUGUCUUCAAGAAGCUAAUGAGUGAAUGUUCUAGCUUCCUCUGCAGAAGGCUAUAUGAUAUGGGCUAGUAUAGAUAGGAAGGAAUUAAGGCGUGCACGAACUCAGGACUGGAUUUUCCUCGAUUAGAAAUGACUUUGGCUCUAGCACUGACCUUCAAUUAAAAUUGAACUCGGCGCUUUGAUUUGUGUGCGCCGAUUUAUUUCAAACUGUGGCAGAUAUGAUUUUUACUGUCGCAAACAUUUUCAAGUUAAAAAACAAGCUGACAGUUGGGAAGUCUACUUGGCGGUCUUUCCUUAGCCAAUGUCCAUAGGAUUAAGUUAGAAAUUUAUUAUUAAAUUUGUCACUAUUACCACUAUUCUAUUUACAAAAGAAGAAUUAAACGGGAAAAUAAAUAAAGGAAUGACUAUAAAUAGAUAAAUGAGAUGACAAUGACAAGAAGCCAUCUAGAAACCAUAAGACUUGUAAAGGGAUAUGUCUCCUUGAGCAUAACAUUUAGAAAUAAUAAAAAUUCACAUGUACG